AUCAGAUUGUGUUUAUUGAAGGCGAAAACAUGGGUCUUAUGUCAAACUACUAAACCAACAUCGUACUGCCUCUCUGCCCUUGUGUUUCUAUUCACCUUGCUCUGGAUGUCCUUUGGCAAUAGCCUUCAUGCAAAAAUCGAUCUCCGUCCCCAAUAUGGCAAACGUAAAAAUGUACCUCAAUCCAUUUUGAGGCACUUCGUUUGAGACCGUCCUGUCUGGUAUUUGGUUUCUGCGAGGCAAGCUUCAUGUCCACAGCAACGAUUUGUAGCUAUAGCGUUAUACAUUGCUCAAGCUAUGGCCACGACACCCAUCCUGAUGAUCUCGUCAAGGGCAAUGAACAGCUGCGACAACACCCUGAUAGUUUAAGUAACCACGCCAUGGUCAUUCCCCAUAUUCAGGGUUGGUUGACAACACCGAGAUGCAACUAUCCACAGGAAAUCGUACUUUGCUUGAGCAAUGGCUCAACACACGUCGAUCGACUGGACAUCCUAGCUCAUCACACCAUGAUUCCUUCAAGAAUCGACAUAUACCUAGGUCUUCAACCUGACUCAAUUGAGAAGAAAUUAGUGCAGUUCAAUAGGCUUGGCUUUGUUUCCCUAGGCGAUAACAUGUCAGGGGAUUACUGUAUGCGCGAAUUGAAAUCUAUUCACAUUGGUCAUACUGCUGAAUAUAUUCGUUUGGUUCUUUGGGACUGCCAUAGGAAUAUGCUCAACCAACACAAUCAGGUUGGACUAGCUGCCAUAAGGGUAGUAGGCCAGAGCUCAGAAAGACACGGAGAUAGAAUUGUUUCACGACCUCCUGCAUACUCGAUAUCGACUGUGCAUAGCGAUGAAACAGAGAUCGACCUUAAGCGAGCCAAAAUUGACGAACAACUCGCCAUUUGGAUUGAUGCCUUGAUUGAAAAAAAAAAGUUGUGUGUUCAAGCGGAGGACUACCAAGGAGCUAGGCUGUACAAAUUCUGGUCCCAUAGUCUACUGACCCUUGGCAACGAGAUUGAAGAAUUAGAAGUGGAGAAACGACGAGCGGUUGAUGUAGAGGAUUUCGAUGAGGCUGAGAGGAUAAAGCUUGUGAUCCGAGACAAGAGAACGGAUACAAAAACUCAAAUGGCUAAAGCUGGUAUCCAGAUUACCGACGAUGGGACGAUAUUGCUGGAUGUUUACAAGGAUCACCAAGUGGAGAAGGAGUCAGAUUCAUCUGCAUCAGAUGAACUGUCAUCCACAGGGGAUCAUGUUAGUGAAACUGAACCGCGAUCCUCUACAACGUCGAGCAAUAGUAUCACUUCCCUUGACAAUAUACCAGCUCCCAACUAUUCCUUUAUUCCGACUUUGCGAACCUCAACUGUCUUGCGAAAGUCAUCAACCAGAUCGCUGAAAUCAUCGAGUUCCAUAACAUCUUCUUCCAAGCUGAUGGAGACUGUUUCAACGGUUGCCACAACGCCACCACCGCCUAACAGCAAUGCAAAAUCGAGCAAAAUACCCAGCGACCAGCAGCCUCCAGCUCUCAUCUCUUUUACACCGCCACCAGAAGAACGCAACCCAGACGUUAAGCUGAGCAGCCACUCUUUACCCAAACCUUCCAUGAUACCCACUGUGUCAGAAGACACAAAAGCAUCCUCGAGAACGAAAGCCAAAUCUCUUCAUUCGGUCAAAUCGAUACCAACAAGGAUUCCUUCUCCUCGAGAUAAGGUCACGCAAGCGACAGAUGAAAUGCUCGCAAAGAAAGAUGUGCCUGGCAGCGAAACUCAGAUUGUUCAAGAGAUAGUCAAUGAGGCUAAUCCACCAAGGCGAGGUACGGUGGCAAAACUUGAAAGGCAACUUGCGGAAUUGCGUAUGAUGGCUGCUGGCUCUGGCCGACUACCAUCAAAAGUUAGUUCUGAAUCAAAUAUACCAAAGUCCAAUUCCAUGUUGAAAAAGACGUCCAUUGAAGCAAUGAAGACCCCAUCGGUGACUGCUAUUCCUGUCCAUAACGAUCAUUCGAACUUAACAGGAGGUGUGGAGAAGAAGACCUCCUCAAUGAACAAACAAAGCAAGCAUCAAAAUUCAACAACACGUCAUGCAUCGCAGGCCAAAACAAACGAACGAUCUCCAAAGCAUCAAUCCAGAGCCAAAACCCAAACUCGUAACGACGAGCGAAGCACAAAGGGCUCACAUGCAGCAAAGAAGAAGCCUGAAGAUAAGAAAAACUCAUCAGCCUGCAUAUUUUGCGAAGAGCAAAAUGACAGUUUUAAUGAGGAUACACUGGUGUCACAUUAUUGGAACGAUUGCCCAGUACUUACUAGCUGCCCUUUGUGUCAGAUUAUUCUGGAAAUAUCGACGUUAAGCGAGCAUAUUGUGACGGAUUGCGAAGAGAAACACAGGAUAAAACGAUGUCCUAGAUGCAAGGAAGUUGUUCCUAUUGACAAGUGGCUUCAGCAUUCAUUAAGACAAAAUUGUACAGUUGUGAGUUCCAGCGAGACUAGGUGCCCGUUGUGUCGUGAGGUCAUCAUGCCACCUACCGAGUCUAUGUGGAAGAGGCAUCUACUAAAAGAAGGAGGAUGUCCUCAUAACCCAAGGCGACUAACAAUUAUGGACCGAUAGGUUGCAUUUCUUUUCCCUUAUACCCCUUUGCUCGGCUUCAUAUUCGACGUAUGCUAUUCAAUAUGUUCCACUAUAGACUAGUGGUGAAUAAACCUUUAACUAUA